AUGGAAGCAGAAGCAGAAGCAAAUUUCUCACCAGCAAGAAGUCCUCCUCUAAGACAAGCAUCUCAGCACAGUUUCUACCUAAGCCCACCUCCACUCUACAUUGAGCACCCUAAAUUGUCCCCUCCCAGCUACCCCGGCAUAUCACCCAGCAGGGACACCUACAGUGCGUUUAGCCCCCCUGUUUUCUUUCCCAUGCUGGGCCCCAGUUAUACCCAAAAGGAAGGAUCCCAAAAACGCAAAAGAACUCCUUUUAAAAUGGACACCCAAGGAGGUGAAUCUCCUGACAGAAAAGCAGAGGAGGCAGACGAAAGCAGCAGUAAGAAGACGGUGCACCUCUCCCACAUCCGCUUCUCCCUCCCGUCUCGCCACAUUCCUUCCCCAUCUCCUAAGCCCAUCCCUGGUAUGAUCGAGCUCAACAGACUGCAGCUUCAUCACAGAUCACCAGGUAUGAAUCUACCUGCUCAGGUGAAACAGGAGCCUUUCAGUCCUUCCCCUGUUUGGCCACCCUCUCCUCUCCUCUUGCACCCUCCGUACUUCCCACCUCUCCACCACAGCCUCCUCCCAUACCCCUUCUUCAUGCCCAGCCCUGUCAUGCACCUCUCCCCUGGUUCUUUCUACCCAAGAGAGGACCUCCGCCCCGGGCAUCGUGGCCGUGACGGACCUCCUCGCAGUGGGACGACUAGUGCUGAAAAGCUGGGUCUCAACAUCCACGUGGAUGACAGCUAUUAUGUAGAUGUGGGUGGAGACCAGAAGAGAUGGAAGUGUCGUAUGUGUGAGAAGUCCUACACCUCCAAGUACAACCUGGUCACGCACAUCCUUGGGCACAACGGCAUCAAGCCACAUGGAUGCCACCUGUGUGGGAAGCUGUUUAAGCAGCUGAGCCACCUGCACACACACCUGCUCACCCACCAGGGCAUGAGGCCCCACAAGUGCCAGGUGUGCCACAAGGCCUUCACUCAGACCAGCCACCUGAAGAGACACAUGAUGCAGCACAGUGACGUAAAGCCAUACAGCUGCAGUGUGUGUGGCAGAGGUUUUGCUUACCCCAGUGAGCUUCGCGCCCAUGAGCUGAAGCACGAGAAAGGACAGGAGAACAUAUGUGUGGAGUGUGGUCUGGAUUUCCCCACGCUGGCCCAGCUAAAGAGGCACCUAACCGCCCAUCGUGGGCCCACCUUGUACAGGUGUGCAGAGUGCCAGAAGACUUUUCAGUACCCCAGCCAGCUUCAGAACCACAUGAUGAAACACAAAGACAUCAGGCCGUACAUCUGCAGCGAGUGUGGGAUGGAGUUCAUCCAGUCACACCACCUGAAACAGCACACUCUCACUCACAAAGGGGUGAAAGAGCACAAGUGUCGCAUCUGUGGUCGUGAGUUCACCUUGUUGGCCAACAUGAAACGCCACGUCCUCAUCCACACCAACAUACGGGCCUAUCAGUGCCACAUGUGCUUCAAGAGUUUCGUCCAAAAACAGACUCUCAAGGCUCACAUGAUCGUCCACUCUGACAUCAAGCCCUAUAAAUGCAAGCUUUGUGGGAAGGAGUUCAACAGGAUGCAUAACCUAAUGGGCCACAUGCAUCUCCACUCAGACAGCAAACCCUUUAAAUGCCUUUACUGCCCGAGCAAGUUCACCCUGAAAGGAAACCUAACCAGACACAUGAAGGUCAAACACGGUGUCAUGGACAGAGGGCUGGAUGAAAGAUUGUUUCGUCAAAGAGGACGAUUCUGCUUGUCCACUCCCAUGGGCCUCCUUACCCGCUUCAGCCAAAAGGAGCCGUUUGAUCUUUCCCAGAAGCCCCCGGGCCUUCCCGGCCUCCGUCUCUCCCAGUCGGAUGGCGAGAGCGUCCCUGGAAGCUCGUGUCAGGAGGAGGAUGAGGAGAGUUUGUACAGAAGGAGCCAGUACAGCCCUGAGGUGGAUCCGCAUGAGCCGGCAGGCGAAGACCAGUACAUCCCUGAGCUAAAGAAGAGAGGGCAGGGGUCUCCAGCUGAUCUAAGGUCAGGGGACAAGCAGAAACCCAGGUAUCAGCAUAGUUUAGAUGAACAGACAUAUGAAAGGGAGUUAGGAGCAGAUGGGAGGGACAAGGUGCCCCGCUUACAGUCAGAAGAAAUAGCCUAUGAGUCUGGUUUAGAGGUGGGUCACCAGGUGUACCAGCAUCCAACAUGCCGUAGAAAGUCUUACGUUUAUUACUCCGAUUCAGAACUAGAAGAUGAUGAUGAUGAGCCAGAGCAAAGCAAACAGCAGACUGAUGGCUUGUGUGAUGAAGCAGAGAGGAACCAGAGCAGAUCACAUACAGGUGAAAUAGUGGAUCAUUUGCACACAAGUGAAUUCAUGGGAGUUACCGGUUCACAGGAGGAAAAACAAGACAAAGAAUGAAAUGCAGGGUUUUAGGCAAGCCUGGUGGUCUUCUGACAGGAAAGUGGAAGUAAAAUGUGUAGGUCUAUAAAAGAUGUGGAAUAGAGGUGAGCACAAAACACAUGGUGUUUAUCAAGAGCAAAAAUAACGAAGAAGUAACUGAAAUACAAAGCUGUGAAGCAUAAAAUACAGAACAUAUCAUACACUGAUAAACAGGCACUGAAACCAGGUUCAUUUACAUUUUAUGAGUGAAUAAAUGUGAUUGGGUUUGACUUUUAUAUGUAAAAAAAAACAUUUUUAUUAAUUAUUUUGCAUUACUGACUCAAAUAUGUUAUUCUGCCUUAACUCUUUUAAAUGUGUAAAAAUAUGAUAUAAUAAUCAAGAAUGGGAAUUUGCUCAAACAAGUGUGCAUGUUUUGUGUUUUUUUCUGUGUGUUGUUUUGUUUCUGGGACAGUGUGCUGUUAACAGACAUGCCAAAGCUUGAGUUUCUUAAUUCACUGAGUGUCUUUAUGAAAUAAACUGUGAUUCUAAUGUUUAGAUUAUUUUUAUGUAUCUGCUUUUGUUAGAUAGUUUUGCAGGGAUGGCUGUGUUUCUAUUGCAUGGCGGUGUGAUGAAUGGUCAUCUGAAUGUGAUUCUGCUAAAUGAAUACACAAAUAAAAGCUU